AUGUCCGAAAGCAACUCCCAGCCGCCUGACACCAACAUGGAGGUGAACGAUGAGCUGGACCGCACCGUCGAUGACGAGAUCAAGCAGGACGCGACACAACUCGAGGCCGACGCCAUGAAUCUCGACGGCGCAAACGACGCAGACGCCCCGGCGGUGAAUGGCGUCGCAGAAUCGGCCGCCAACUUUGAGGCGCGGAUACCGGCUAAGAAGGAUGCGACGUUGCGCGAGUUCCUGGGCAAGAUGGACGAGUACGCGCCCAUCAUCCCCGAUGCGGUGACAAACUACUAUCUGACGCGCGCCGGCCUGCCACCGCCACCGCAAACAUCACAGCAUCUUGCGCGCCUCCUGGCGCUUGCGACGCAGAAGUUCAUUGCCGACAUUGCCGCUGAUGCCUACCAGUUCUCCCGCAUCCGCUCGUCAAACACUACAAGUAACAACCCUAUGGGCGGUGCCGGAGGGCCUCCUGGAGCUGCUGCCCCAGGCGGUGCGCAAGGCGGAAAGGACAGCGGAAGCAAGACCAAGGACUACAAUCUUGGCAUCCAGCGACCGGGUUAUGGUGGUGGCGGCCAGGGUGGCAGCCAGGGACGCACUGUGCUCACCAUGGAGGACCUGGGCAUGGCCGUCGGCGAGUAUGGCGUUAAUAUUAAACGUGGCGAGUUCUACCGCUAG